AUGUUAAUUAUAAAAAUUAACACGUUACAAGAUUCAGAUAUUUUAUCUAUCUAUCUAUCUAUCUAUCUAUCUAUCUAUCUAUCUAUCUAUCUAUCUAUGUUCAUAUCGAUUUAUCUAACGCUAUUCAUAUCUAUCUAUGUUCAUAUCGAUUUAUCUAACGCUAUUCAUAUCUAUCUAUCUAUCUAUCUAUCUAUCUAUCUAUCUAUCUAUCUAUCUAUCUAUCUCUGUCCGUAUCUAUCCAUCUACCUAUCUAUCUCUGUUCAUAUCUAUCGAUCUCUGUUCAUAUCGAUUUAUCUAACUCUAUUCAUAUCUAUCUAUCUAUCUAUCUAUCUAUCUAUCUAUCUAUCUCUGUCCGUAUCUAUCCAUCUACCUAUCUAUCUCUGUUCAUAUCUAUCGAUCUCUGUUCAUAUCGAUUUAUCUAACUCUAUUCAUAUCUAUCUAUCUAUCUAUCUAUCUAUCUAUCUAUCUAUCUAUCUAUCUAUCUCUGUUCAUAUCUUCAUAAAUUGCACACAUUGA